CAUAGAGGGGCGGAGAGCUGAGGAGUCUCGGUUAUUACUCAGACUACACAGCACGCAAUGACAGAACGCGUCCGGUAGAGCAACAUGCGAUAUACUGGAUAUUUUCUAUGGGUUUUUUUCUCCUUAUGGGGAAUAAUUGCGGGCGAUGUAUGGACUCUACCUCAUGUCAUGAAGUACCAAACUGUGAUACCUCAGAGGCUGAAGGAUUCAUCUCUCAUUAACGAUGCUGCUACACAUAAGACAUACCCUGAUGUACUCCAGUACUCUUUAAGGAUUGCAGGGCAAAACUACACAUUGCACCUGGAAAGGAACAAAGAUCUUAUCGGGAAAAACUUUUCUGUGACACACUAUUCUGAUCAGGGCAACCAAGUCACAACUACUCCAGAUCUUGGGGUUCACUGCUACUACCAUGGACACAUUGUGGGAGUGGAGGACUCGUCUGCCAGUGUGGGACUGUGCUCUGGGAUAAAGGGGUUUGUACUUCUCCAGGACCAAAUGUACCUUAUUGAACCUCUUGGCGGUGCCAAGGCGGGACAGCAGGACAACAGACAGAGCUCUGAAGCUCACAGUGACGAGGGUCUUCACGCUGUUUACAAUUACAAACACCUGAGGAGGAAGAGAAGCUCCUGUUCCCAUGGAAACACGACCACUUUCUAUGAUCAUGGAGCUCGUCCGUCUGGACUGUUCCAGCUCAGCAGUCUGAAAAGCAGAGCCCAAACCAAAGACCAUACAGUAAAACCCAGGACAGUGGAGCUGGUUCUGGUGGCCGACAACUCUGAGUAUAAGAAGUUUGAUAGUAAGAAGAGAAUAGAGACCAGGAUGCUUGAAAUAGCAAACCAUGUGGACAAGCUGUAUCGCCCCGUGGGUGUUCGUGUGAUGCUGGUCGGUCUGGAUAUCUGGUCUUACAGAGAUCAGAUAGAGGUCAGCACCAACCCUGAGCUCACCCUUGGCCGCUUCCUUGAGUGGCGUCGGCGGAGCUUGUUGCCAAGGACCAAACACGACAAUGCACAGUUCAUCACUGGUGUGGAUUUUGAUGGCUCCACUGUCGGCUUAGCAAACACUAAUGCAAUGUGCACCUCUAACUCUGGAGCUGUCAACGAGGACCAUAACACCAAUCCAGUGGGAGUGGCGUCUACUAUUGCACAUGAGAUGGGUCACAACCUGGGUUUGUCUCAUGAUACUGAAAACUGUGUCUGUGGCUCCUCAAUAUCCAAAAAAGGCUGCAUCAUGGCUGAGAGUGUUGGCAUUGUGUAUCCGCAGCUGUUCAGCAGUUGCAGUCAGCAACAGCUCAGCAGGUUCUUGGAGGAGGUGAACCCUGCCUGUCUGCUGGAUAUUCCCUCCACUGAUCGCAUCUAUGGAGGACCAAUGUGUGGAAACGGUUUCCUGGAGCCAGGAGAAGAGUGUGACUGUGGCACUGCGGAGGAAUGCAAGAAUUCCUGCUGCAAUGCCACUACCUGCAAACUUAGCGCAGGAGCCCAGUGUGCAGAGGGAGAGUGCUGCCACAACUGCCAACUGAAACCAACAGGCAGUGUCUGCCGACCAAAGACAGGAGACUGCGACCUGGCAGAAUACUGCACUGGCUUCUCUGCCUCUUGUCCGACUGACGCCUACACCCAAAAUGGCCUGCCCUGCAACCGUGGGAGAGGAUACUGCUUCAACGGACAGUGUCCUUCACGGCAGGAACACUGCAAAAGACUCUGGGGACCAGAUGCUGAAGUAGCUGUAGAUGCGUGUUUCUACCUGCAUGGAAACUGCAGAAAAACACGAUUUAACCAGAGAUGCUCGAGCAGAGAUGAAUCGUGUGGGACGCUUUUCUGCUCCGGAGGCUGGGAGUUCCCAGUGACAUCCAGGAAAUCCUUUUACAAAGUAGGAAAUGGAGAAAUAUGCAACGAGGCAACCUUAAACCCAGAAGAUAACUACCCUGCAGAUCUGGCCAUGAUUCCUACUGGCACCAAGUGCGGUAACAACAUGGUCUGCUACAACCAACAGUGUCAAGACAUCAAAAGCAUAAAAGCUUACGGAACAAAUGACUGCUCUGCUAAAUGCAACAACCGCGGGGUUUGUAACCACGAGCGCAAGUGUCACUGCGACCCUGGCUGGGCCCCGCCGUUCUGUGACUUGCGGCAUUCAGAGGUGCCCGAAGAGUCAAGUCUGGUGGUGUAUAUUGUGUCACUGGUGGUUGGUUUACUUCUGCUGUUGGUCCUGGUUAUUGGGAGUUUGAUGUGUUGCAUGAGGAAAAGGCGACCUACAAAAAGAUGCCUCCAGUCUACCUCAGGACAAUCAAACCCGUUGUUUCGGUCAAGCAGCACACGAGGCAGCCCUCGUCUUGGGACCACACACAUCAGCCAGCCUACGUUUGUGGAGUCUUCGGCCACUCAAGCCUGCAAACCUCUGUUCUCUACCACUGCCAGACCACAUACUGGAGCACCAAGGCCAAGCAGAGCAGCUCCAGAGCCACCCAAGAAAGUGCCUGCUGUACCUCAACCAUCAAAGAUUCAACAGGUUGUAAGGCCGUUCAUGCAGCCACCAACUGUUUUAAGCAAGCCAGUCUAUACUGAGGCUAAACCACUACCUCCAUCUAGACCUCUGCCACCACUUGGAGCAAAAUCUGUCACAAAGCCAAAGCCUCCGAUGCCUCCAGUGAAGCCAAAGCCCUCUGCAGUCCGGUCUCCACUGCCACAUACUCAGCUGGUUGCAGGGAGAGCCGCCCUGAUGCCCCCCAGCAGGCCCAGAUGACAGAGGGAAUAAUGCAGUAUGGUGUAAACACUGAGAUCCUCUGACAGAGGACAAAGCUUUUGUCCCACCUAGCAGGACCUAGAAGAUCCUCUCAGGAGACGCUCGUCUGUUUGUGGAAGUGGAAAAAAGAUCCACUGGAAGAUCAGCAAUGUUAAGUGACAGAGCUUUUCUGUCAAUUACAGUCUCUCUGAGGAUUACCGCUGUCUGUGUCUUGCUUAUGUAGGCCUUCGGUAUGUUGAUGAAAACCUGAAGCCAUGAUUGACGAACUCAGCUUCUGUGCUUUGUAAAUGACAAAUGGCUGUGCUGCCAUGAUGAUUUUUUAAAAAUCUUUUAAGGGAAAUGUCACUCUGCCUUGAUCCUGGGAUAUGUGAACACUUUGUGAGGCAAUGGUUAUAAUUUAAUUUAAACGUUUUACUGUUACUUGUCCCUCACACGGUUUUGGUACUGACUUUCUAAGAAAUAAUGUUGUUAAGGGAUUUUAAAAUGUGGCACAACAUAGGCACUUUACAUUUUUUAAAUUAAGGAAGUACCACAAAAGUUAUGACUUUUUCUUGGACUUUUUGUACUAACCCAGGUAUGCUUGAGUGUUUGAGACCAAAUUACUACACAGUUGUUUUGUUUGGUGUGUUGACUUGAUUGUAAUUCUUCAAGGGAUUUUAUAUUGCAUAUUCUAUGCAGCAGACAUGAUCAAUCUCCUUUACUCAUAAUGCCAAUAACUCGUCUUUCCAUAGAUUGAAGAUUCUGCCUUGGCUUUUGUUUUUUUCAUUUUUUCCUGCAAACUUUGAAUUGAACAUUUGUUUGAAUGUUUAUAUUUAUGGAAAUCUUCUUUUUGUCUGUAAAAUGGAGCUGACAAUAAAAACGAAUUGCUACAGUC